GUAGUGAAGACACUGACAGCAACAUAAUAAGGACUAGCAAGGAUGACUCGACUGAUCUGGAGCGGAUUCAAGACUGGUUUGGGAUCAAUCAAGAACUCAAAUCAAACAACACAGCUAUUAAUAACCUCCCGGCUUGGAUCGCUAGGAUCGACGGGCAACAAGGAUCAUGUUGGACGAGUAGGAAAGACGGAGUGCUUCUCGACGACGGGGGCAGUGAUGAUCAAGACGAAGAAGCAGAAGAAGGAGAUCGAACGGCAGCGGCUGAAAGCAGCGGAGGCCAAGGCGACGCUCCGAACGAGUCUCAAGCUGAGGCAGAAGCCCGACCCGAUCCUGGGCUACUCGACCCAGAUCCCAAAAGCACACUUGAAUUGGGAGAACUGCGAGCUCAACAAGCUGAUUGUCAAGAAGGAGGAUGUCUGGGCGGGAAAGAUCGGACCGGUCGAGCUGGACGAUCCUCUUCAACCUAAAACACCCAUCGAUCGGAAUAAUCAACAAGACAAAGAAGGUGGUGCAUCCCUGGUCUUGAACUUUGGAUUGAACGAGAACGAGCAUCAAAAAGCUAUCCUCUUCGACGGCUUGCCCAAGAUGAAGGAACUCAUCAAGAUCAAAAACAAGCCCAUCUUCGACCCUUCCCUGACCGAGCCCUUACCCUCCGACUCCGACUCGAUCAUGAACGAACAGGACGAGGAAGAUCUCAAGAAACUCAGACUGAUGAGGAUCUUGGAUCUACGAAACUCGAACUCGAAGGGGAUCGAUAAGUUCAUCAAGCUCAGGAUCCUCAAGGCCUUCUCUCCUAAAGACCAUCUUCACCCCGAAAAACUCGACCCUGGUUGCUCGGAAGUUCAAGCUGCUAUGAUCACCUACAGGAUCCAUGCGGUCUUGGACCAUGCUUGGCAAAACAGAAGAGAUAAAGACUCCAAGAGACAUCUCUCCGACCUGGUCAUGAAGCGCAUGAAGAUCUUGAAAUAUCUUAAACGAACUAACCCCAAGAGCUACUUCGAACUACUGCCCAGGAUUGGCCUCGAACCUAGGUAUCUCAAGGAUGAACUCAUCGUUCGCGCUAAACUUCCCCUGCGUCCGGGAGAAUCCCUAGAUUAA